AUACGGAAGUGAUACUAUUGCUUUUACACCCGAAACAAUGGUGAUGCUAUCCUUAAUAUAUCCUUAAUCUAGUUUCGUACUGGUAAAAAUUAUUUAUAAAAUACAGAAAUAUUUUUUCUGUGUCAUUUUUAAGUUGCUAUUAUGGAUCAAUAUUCAGUAGAGAAAGUCAUUGGCGAAGGGUCUUUCGGUCGAGCUCUUUUGGUUCAGCCAGUAAAUGAAGAGCAAAAAUAUGUUAUGAAGGAAAUACGACUGCCAAAGGCUGAUUCUGGGAUAAGAAACAGCAGAAGAGAAGCUGUGCUACUGUCCAGAAUGAAACAUCCAAACAUUGUGGCAUUUAAAGAGUCAUUUGAAGCUGAUGGUCAUCUUUACAUUGUAAUGCAGUUUUGCAGUGGUGGAGAUCUUCUUCAAAGGAUAAGACAGCAAAAAAAUGUUCUGUUCACAGAGGACGUGAUCCUGAAGUGGUUUGCACAGAUGUGUCUGGGCACCAAACACAUUCACGACAAGAGAGUACUUCACAGGGAUUUAAAAUCAAAGAAUAUUUUCUUGACAGAGAGUGGAAGUGUGAAAUUGGGGGAUUUUGGUUCAGCAUGUUCUCUAAACAGUGGAAAAGCAUAUGCUCAGACCUAUGUGGGUACUCCAUAUUAUGUGUCUCCAGAAAUAUGGGACAACAAACCUUACAAUAAUAAAAGUGACAUCUGGUCUCUUGGCUGUGUAUUGUAUGAACUUUGCACACUCCAACACCCGUUUCAGUCAUGUAGCUGGAAGAGUUUGAUCUUGAAGGUGUGUCGUGGGGCAUAUACACCUUUACCCAGUCACUUCUCCUAUGAGCUACAUUACCUCAUCAAAAACAUGUUCAAGACUAACCCUAAAGACAGACCAUCAGUACACACAAUCCUCAGCUCUCACCGUGUGUCUCGACUGCUGCAUAAACACUUGGUGCCAGAGAAUAAGGAACUGGUGCAAGAACGAACACACCACUGGAGGAGAGAGAAAGGAGAGGAAGUGGCCAUGUUUUUAGGACAGAAGAGUUUAGUGAUCACAACUACCACUGAAGGAACUAUGCAAGUAGAACAGUCCACUUUGGAAAACAACUGCAUUGAUGACCCAGCUUCUCGUAAGAGAUGGGCAGUCGGAACUUGUAAUACUGUGCUGGGGGUCCUAAGAAAUGCUGACAUCAUUUCCACUGGUAGUAUGGAAAAUGCAGAACUAACUGGUCGCAUUUCAGAAGCUGAGUGUACGAAGACCCAGGAAAGACGAGUGAGGAAACAAUGGGACAAAGAUCCACCUGAGAGACUCCUGAGUGCUCUGGAGAAAGCGCAGCUCUGCUAUGGCUUUGAGACAUACACUUUACAUAGAGAUGAGCAUGGAGACAAAGUGGACGGCCCUGAGGAGAUAAUCACAGACUACAGCAGACUGGAGCCACGCUCAGAUGAUGAAGACACGGAUUUUGAAGAGGAGUUUUCGUAUGACUGGAUAAAUGAACUAGAGGAAUUGAUGGGCUAGAGAAACUUAAGUUCUGCCACCACCCAAUCACGGUGAUCUCUUUUACCUGGAAGGCCAGGCAUACUCUCCUUCGGACCUCCCGGAGCAAGUAGUUUUUUUAAACAUAAACCUUUUAAGAUUUGUAGUACAUUACAAUUGUACUUUAUUUUCACAAGGGUUGAAUAAGCAAAUGCUUACAAUUUCUCAUGAUUUUAUAUUAAAUUUGGUAACACUUUAUGAUAAAGUUACAUGAAUUACCAUGAAUUCAUGUAUAAAUUCAUGCAUAAAUCAUGCCUUACUUCAUGCAUUAAUAUCUUAAUUAAUUAUCAGUAACUAACAUGAGUCCAAAGUCCUUCAUGGAUAAACUACACAUUAAUUAAAACAUUAACUAAGAUGGGUACAUCAUCAUGGUUUAUUACACAUGAUCAUGAUGUGUUCUUUGUUCACAAAAAAAGAAAGAAAGCACUAUCUACUUUGGAUAAUAUCAUGAAUUUUUAAAUAAAAAUAGCAUUAUUUUGUGCAGGUAAAAACUACUUGAAUUACUAAAAUAUUUACAAAAAUCCACAUUGCCUCAUGCAUGCAUAGAGGUUAGAACAGUCUAUUAAUUAAUGUUAGAACAUUUUUUGAAUUAGUUAUUAAGCUCGUUCAUAUAGCCACCAGGAAAAUGGACAGACCCCAAAUACAAAAGUUUUUGUUUCU